AUGGCUAUUGCGCAGUCUGGAAAGCGCUUCAAGUCAUCUUCUCCAGACCGCCUCUCACGGCUCAGCGACGAGUUGCUCGUGAAGGUAUUGUCAUUUCUCUCUGUAUCUCAACUUUUAGUAUGCCAGAGACUCUCCCACAAAUAUCAGAAACUCGCACGAGACGACCAGCUCUUCAAAUCACACUACUACAACCGCUUCGUCAGACCACGAGCUAGUCGACUACCCGGAUUGAAAGACGUCGGAGCAUCAAAGGACAGUCUGCACUUCGCAUCCAAGGCAUCGAGAUGGUUGGACGAAGAACAUCUGGUCAAGAGCGGAGAGCGGACGGAUUGGUAUCGGGUGUACAAGUUGAGGCAUAACUGGUCGCAAGGAUGUGCUGCUGUGAAUGAGAUUCCGGUGGCGGAGGAGGCUGCGAUACCGCCGGUGCUGGUGCAGAUGAGUGAUGGGGUGGUUUACACGGUGGAUCAGACGGAUGGGCUGCGAGCAUGGGCGACGAAGGAACAACGCCAGCUCAUUGCUCAGUAUGACUUGCCGCGAUCGCGAUAUCCCGCGCCGCCGACUGCGAUUGCAGUAGAGCCCGUUGCGAGUCGGAGAGAUGCGGCGAGGAUACUUGUCGGAUUUGAGGACGGUGCAUACAGCGUGUUCCUGCUUGACCAAGCGAAGAAACGCCUGCUCCACCAAUACACGCACACCAGCUCUUCCAACGGCGUGGUCUCCGCAGUGGCUGUAUCAUGGCCAUACAUCGUGACCAUGACUGCAACACAGCUGCUGUCCGUCUAUCGCUUCCCAGAGACAACCAACCCAAACGACAUCCCCUCCCCACCCAGGCUACUCCACUCCCUGAAGUCCCACAACGUCUGGCCACCACUCUCAAUCUCCCUCCGAGCCACCUCCUCCACCGUCCUCAUAUCAGUAGCCUACGCCCUACCAACCUAUCUCUCCGGCUGGACAGUCGGCAUCCAAGAACUCCAUCUCUCUCCCACCGGCUCCCUCCUCGAAUCCCGCAUCGCCUCCGCCAUCGACCAGCACUACCGCCCUCUCGCCUUCACCAGCAGACCCAUCAUCCAGCAUCUCACACCUUUCUCCACCGCAUCCUCUGCGCCGCCUCUGGCCCUAGAGCUGAAGCAUAUCCACUCCAAACCGACUUCGCUAUCAUACACACAUCCCUACCUCCUCGUCUCACACCCGGACAACACUUUGACGCUCUACCUCGUGACCUCAACGGCAGAGUCGCUCUCUAUCAGCGCGGGGAGUCGGCUAUGGGGCCACACAUCUUCCGUCUCCGGCGCAUCGGUCGGCAACCGAGGGAAGGCGGUGUCAGUCAGCCGACGAGGCGAUGAGCUACGAGUUUGGGAGCUAGAAGGCGGCUUUGGGUCAACGGCAGCGCGGAAGCGUCUCGCGAGCGGUGAUUUGAGUAUACAGAUCAGGCCCGAGACCAAGGCGCCUGCUGUGAAGGAUCCGACUCAAGCAGGACUUGAUUUCGUGCACAAGAAGAGAUGGAUCGGGUUUGACGAUGAAAAUGUGGUGUUGCUGAAGGAGCAGAGUCAGGGGAGGCAAGCCUUGGUGGUUUAUGAUUUCACAUGA